UAUUACCCAUGCACAACGCGGUCACACUGCACACGACACCGCGAUUUAAUAGGAAAAUUUUGCAAAACUUUUAUAAACGCACAAAAUGGAGCCCUAUGAUGUCGUAGUCAAUCAGCCUGUGGUCAUAGAUAACGGCUCCGGUGUGAUCAAAGCCGGCUUUGCUGGCGAGCACAUUCCAAAGUGCAGGUUUCCCAAUUACAUUGGCAGACCGAAGCAUGUUCGGGUAAUGGCCGGUGCCUUGGAGGGCGACAUUUUUGUUGGUCCCAAGGCGGAAGAGCAUCGCGGUUUGCUAAGCAUACGUUAUCCCAUGGAGCAUGGCAUUGUGACGGACUGGAACGAUAUGGAACGCAUAUGGAGUUAUAUAUAUAGUAAAGAACAAUUAGCCACUUUUACGGAGGAUCAUCCAGUUCUUCUCACUGAAGCACCAUUGAAUCCGCGUCGUAAUCGCGAAAAGGCCGCUGAAUUCUUCUUUGAAGGCAUUAAUGCUCCAGCGCUCUUUGUCUCGAUGCAGGCAGUACUCAGUCUUUAUGCCACUGGUCGUGUCACGGGCGUUGUGCUGGACUCUGGUGACGGUGUGACGCAUGCAGUUCCCAUCUAUGAGGGAUUCGCCAUGCCUCACAGUAUUAUGCGUGUGGACAUCGCCGGCCGGGACGUUACGCGCUACCUGAAAACACUCAUACGCCGAGAGGGCUUUAAUUUCCGUUCAACAGCCGAGUUUGAGAUUGUGCGAUCGAUCAAGGAGAAGGUCUGCUACUUGGCGACCAAUCCACAAAAGGAGGAAGCUGUGGAGACUGAAAAGUUUGCAUAUAAAUUGCCAGAUGGCAAGACAUUCGAAAUUGGACAGGCUCGCUUCCGUGCGCCCGAGGUGCUCUUCCGACCAGAUUUAUUGGGCGAGGAGUGCGAAGGAAUACACGAUGUGCUAAUGUAUUCCAUUGAAAAGUCGGAUAUGGAUCUCAGAAAAAUGCUCUAUCAAAACAUUGUACUGUCGGGUGGUUCAACGCUUUUCAAAGGUUUCGGUGAUCGUUUACUUUCCGAACUGAGAAAGCACUCUGCAAAGGAUCUGAAAAUCAGGAUUGCUGCGCCACAGGAACGCCUGUAUUCCACAUGGAUGGGUGGCUCAAUUCUGGCAUCGCUGGAUACCUUUAAAAAGAUGUGGGUAUCGAAGCGAGAGUUCGAAGAGGAGGGGCAACGUGCCGUGCACAGAAAGACUUUCUAGUUUGUUUAAUUCAUUUAAACGCUAUGUGUAAAAGGCUUAUUAAACUCUGUAUCAAAACCAUGUGUCAGCUAACAUCAAAUAUCCCUACAAAUUGAAAUUCAAAUAAUUUUGCAUGUAUGUGUUAUGCAUAAAAUAGGCGCAAAGUAUUUAAAAAUGCUAUUUAUUGAAUUUGCUUUCGCGGCAUUGAUAAUAAAGACUAAACUCUAAAAACAA